UUUUUUUUACCUUUGUUCCUGAAUCUCGUGCGCGUUACUUUUUUUUCUCUUCUUUUUUUCUUUCUACUUUUCAUUCGUAGACGAAAAUCAUUCGCUCUUCGUACUGUGCAUAGUGUUUGUUCCUAGACAUUACCUAUUAUAACGUGCCUAGGCAACAUCGGGCGAGCUGACGCACUAUACUGGCCCAUGCAGCGGUCUCAGCAAUUGCCCUUCUAGGAUUGGAUGACUUUUCAACGUUCAACGGAACACUCGACAACCUUCUUGUUUACCAAACUUCUUACCCGAUUUUAAUAAAUCCUCUCGUUUCGCCCUUUCAACCUACUGCACAAUCACAUUCUUUUUCCAUUUUACCAUAAUGUCAUAAAGGGAAACCUACUCGAGCAAGUGUAAUAAUGGAUUACGGAAGGCUCCGGGCCGCCGCCUUGCGGGAUGGAGAGGACGAAGAGGCGGUAACCGUCGACACUCGAGCUCUAAUCGACAAGGUUCUAGCAAGAUACUCGGGCGAAUGGACUACGUUACGAGAACUUAUUCAGAAUGCUGCCGACGCCCAAGCUACCACCGUAAAGAUUAAGUGGGAGACCCUACCUUCGACUCAGAUUCCUUUACCAACAACGACAGAUCGGUCCGAAAUCCUGAAACACAUCAUCACGAAUCAUACCCUCCGCCGACUCAUCGUACAGAACAAUGGCCAGCCAUUCACUAAGACCGACUGGGGCCGACUGAAGAGGAUCGCAGAGGGUAACCCGGACGAGACCAAGAUUGGUGCUUUCGGUGUAGGGUUCUAUAGCGUUUUCGCCGACUGCGAGGAGCCAUUUGUCAGCUCAGGACAGGAGGCCAUGGCCUUCUACUGGAAGGGGAACGCGCUCUUCACAAGAAAGCUACAACUUCCCGAGGACCAAUGCAGCCCAGAUACCGCCUUCGUCCUAGAUUACCGAAACACGACGACCACUUUACCGAAUUUAUUAUCCGUCAGUCAGUUCCUAGCUACAAGUUUGACAUUUGUAGCACUCCAGAAUAUCGAGUUCUGGAUAGACGACUACAAGAUUCUCCAUCUGCAAAAGAAGACUAGCCCUAGUGCCGAGGUUGCUCUAUCUAGAGAUGUCGAGACAACCACCAAGGAGCGUCUCAUGAAGGUUCAGAGUGUGGAACGAGCAAGCGCACAGAUUGAUGCCUCUUUUAUGAGCGCUAUCGGAUGGAAACCAGAAGUAGCAACAGCAGCAAAAAACGAGGCGUACGGGUUUGGCAGUUCAGAGAUGCCAUCCCUACGGAGUUUCUUUUCUAGACUGACCGCGAACACAUCUACUUCGAAGAGUAGCAAAGCUGCGAGAGAAGAAAAGGCGGCGCAGGAGGCGAUAUCGGAAGAUAUAACUGUGCUAUCAUCAAGUAGCAUAUUCCUCCGAGUAAUAACGGCCGCAAUUAAGACAUCUGUUUCUGCUAAUUUCUCGGCCGAGUUAGAGCGAGCCACCAAAAAACCUCCGCCCAGAGUAACUAAGUUGUCUGUCUUGACGUCCUCGUACGAUGAGACGCAGGCUUCGGAGAGUUCUACGGAAUCUUCGAACGCUGUCUCAAAGGCUACCGACGUCUUUGCAUCUGUGCUCCCAAGCAAGAAAGGCGGACGAAUAUUCAUUGGAUUCCCGACUACCCAAACUACCGGCGCAGGUAUUCAUAUUUCAGCACCAUCUGUCAUCCCUACCGUUGAACGGGAGGCUAUCGAUCUAAAUGCGAGAUGGGUUAGAACAUGGAACAUUGAAAUGCUACGGGCUGCUGGCAUCGUGACCCGGCUUGCGUUUUCGACCGAGAUGGUUGAAUUGGAAACUAAGCUGCAAAGGGAUGGGAUAGUCUCGGGCACCGGCAUUACCGCGAAGGAGGUUGCCAAAUACAUGCCCGAGGCUUUGCACACCCUGAACGCCUUCACAUUCGGAGAUUCUACCCCAAGCGGCCACGUCUCGCAAAUAAUCGAAGAAGCAUUCUGGACAUCUUCUAGGGACCCAUUCGUGGAUGUUUAUAGCAGUCGAGGCGUACUUCCGGCUAACAAGGUCCGGAUGGGUACCCCCGACCUUGCCAAGUUUGUCGAUGGAAUCCCGGUGAUUCCUCCCCAACUGGAAGUUAUUGGAUUCGUUCGGAAAUUGAUCGAUUUUGAUCUACUAACGCCCAUAACUGUAGAUGAUGUUAGACUGGAGUUGUCCGGUAAACCUCUCAAUAAGGAGCAACUCAUCAACUUCAUACAGUGGGCUGGGAGGAAGGCUGUUCAGGGAGAGCUUGAUCCGCCAAGUAAAGAAAGACUUCUUGAUGUUGCAGUAGGACUUGUCGGCGAAGGAGCCGAAGAUCGGGGUGGUAUUAUCGCUCUGGGUAGCAUCCAGAACUAUCUAAGUCCAAACAAGAUCCCGGCCGGCUUACCCGUUCCGCCGUCAACUAUCCCUUAUGACUUCACUAAGAACUGCAAGUCAGAGGACCUGCAAGCACUAGGCUGGGCAUCACUUGAUAUUGUCCCUUGGCUUCGAUUUCUCAUCGAGACCAACUCCACGAGACCAGACAGUCAAAAUAUGACUAAGACACCCGACUUUUCGAUCCGAAUUCUGACUGUGCUCUCAAAGAGCUGGGACAACCUCAGUCAAAGCUCAAAAGGGACUGUCACCGCGCUGCUCCAGGGCAAGGCUAUUAUGCCAACCAAAUCAGGCAUGAAGAAACCGACGGAGUCAUUUUUCCAGAGCGUAAAGCUUUUUGACGAUCUUCCAACCAUCCAAGGAUGUUCAUCACUAAAGGAUAAAUUCCUGACCGCCAUCGGCGUCAGAAAAACCGUGGACCUGGACACGAUUUUCACACGCUUGCUCAAUCCUUCAAUGGGAGCCGAGGAUCCCGGACAAGCAAAAUGGAGUCAUGUUGAACUUAUCAAGUAUUUAGCAUCGGUACGACAAGACAUUCCGAUUGAUGACCUAAGGAAGCUGAAGGAGUCACGGAUAUGUCCAGCGGAAGCAGGACAGCCUGGUUUAGAAUCAAUCACGCCAAGCAAGCAGCUGUACAAGGUCUCCGAGCUCUACGAACCAAAAGCUCCUCUUCGGCCGCUCAACUUGAGGAUUAUUCAAUGGCCAGGUGGAAACUUACGACCUGGAAGCCCCGAAGGAAAGUUUUUGACUGACCUCGGUUUGCGCGCUUACCCAUCAGUCGUAGAGCUCGUAGGCAUGAUGGCCUCCUCGGAUCCGACAUUAAGGGGCAACGCUAUGAAUUAUUUCAUCUCUUACCAUCACAGCAACAAUUACGCGAAUGUCGAUAUCGGAUCGGCUCCCAAAGCCUUUCUUCCUUUGCAGGGGAACCCUAAGCAGCUUGUGCCUCCAUCUCAGUGUUAUACCAACGAGGCUGCUGCUAUCUUAGGUUUCAAUAUUCUCAAGAAAGAUCUCCAUCUGCAUGCGCCUAAAUUCGGCGUACGCGCGGAUCCACCGAUUCUUGAAUGCGUUGAGCGUCUACUCGCCUCCCCCCCUAAAAAUAACCAAGAAGCCGUCUCUCUAUUUGGUUACUUCUCAACUCGCCUUAAUGAAUUGGGUAAUAUUUCGAUCACGAAGCUUCGCGACGCUCCUAUCGUACCAAUAGUAAGGGGAAAUCGACUAUCCACUUCCCAAAUGUCGACGGGCACGGGGAGCAAAGCCAAUCAAACAGUUCACUUGAGCCCUCGUCACUGCUAUCUCGGUAGCUCGAUAUUGUACGGGGAAAUUUUCGACUUUGUGGACUUCGGCAGCUCCGCGAACGCGUUUUUAUCAGCCUGCGGCUCGAAGACUGAGCCGACCAAAUUAGAGAUUGCCCAAUUAGCUGCAAGUGAGCCAGCCAGACUGCUUAGUAUCCUCCAAAGCUCGGAAAAAUAUCUGAAUCUCCUGAAAACCCUAGCUGAGGAUAUGUCAACCCUGAAGAGAGACAAGGAACUAUGGAAGAAGAUGAAGUCGUCUCCAUUCUUGCUAGCUUUCAAGGAGAUUAGCGCUCCUUCUAAGGACAAGUCAUCGGAAAACGAAGAAGAAGAAGCAUCCAUCAGGCAAUACCAACUUGCUACUCCAGGUAGCAUUGUCAUUCUAGAUGAUUACAUUAGUUACCGCAUGUUCAAAGAUCACUUGAUAUGUGCACCUGAGGAGGACGUCUUAGAAACCUUCUACAUGGCUCUCGGCUCCCAAUCACUCUCGGCUAUUGUCCGAGUAGAUCUUAAGGUCGGGUCGCAUAGUGAGAAGCAGGAUCUUGCAGUUUGGAUUCGGAAACACGUCCUAGAGCGUUCAAAGCUCUUCAUUCAUGAGUACGCUAGGUACUCGCGAGAUGCCAUUAAACAUGACGCGAAAUGGCUUGAGAAUAAUUUGUCUGUAGAAGCUGUGCGAUCCGUUUCGCUUCGGAGAUCACUUCGCGAAAGCCAGUCACAUACCGAAAAACGGUCGGCGGCAAGUCAGAAAGAGAAGAAUGGCUGGGUUCUAUACGUCGCGACUGAGCCUGGCCGUCCCGACAUGUACCAAGUAGGACAUGCAGUAUGCCAGCUCAUUCUGAAUCGACCAAGCCAGCAAGCGUAUUUCUUCUUCGAGCCAUUCCUCAAGCUCGAUUUACUUGAUUUGAAAGCUCGUGGGUACAACGUCGAUCGUAUCCUUAGAGCAAAGGCAGCCGAGGCUAGGAUAGCCGAGGAAGAAAGACGUAAGGCCUUAGAUGCUGAGCAGGCCAAGAUCAAGGAACGAGAAGAGGAAUUCAAGAGACAUCGUCAGGCUAUGGGUAUAGAAAGGGAACACCAUAACAAGACCCCGCCGAUGAAAUUGCCUGGUGCAUUUGGCUCUCCCGACGAAGAUGACAAGGCGCUAGUACCAGCACCAUCGCAGGGUAAAAGACCUAGAGGACUAUUCUCAACCCUAUCUCGAAGGUUCGGCUUCGAAACUUCUGAUGAAGCAGACGAGAGCUUGAAGAACAUGAUGGGUUCAAACCCGGAACCCGUUCAGCUGCCACCGGACGAGGGUUCUAGGUCUGGCAAGAACAACGAGGGCAAGGUGACAAAUCCCGCCAUCGUCCAGGAGAAUCUUCUCAACGCCGUCAAGUCUACCAGAGCACAUGAUUCAUCCCAGCUUUACGCUCCGCCGUCUACCAGAGAAGUCAAGGAACAAGCUACGUAUUGUGAUGAUACUAUAGGGAAGGAUCUAUAUUUCGUAGCAGACGCCUCGAACGGGAUGCGUGUAUUCGUAUCCAACCAUAUCCCGAACUUCAACGCUGCCGAUUUCCUUAAAACGAACCAUGCAGCUAUCAACGCCUUCGCAUCUCUCCUCCUAACUGUAGGUGCUGUGUAUUCGAUUAACAGAUCCGCCAUACACAUCUUUUACGAGCAAGGAGGUAAUACGAUUGCCUUCAAUCGUGCUGGAAGCAUCUUCUGCAACCUGCGCUUCUACAACCAACUCCACGGAGAUCAACCGGCGUCGGGAGAGGCCAGAGCAUCGGCUGCAGUUUGGUGGUGGGUUGUAGUAGCUCACGAGUUAGCUCACAAUCUCGUCGGCCCUCAUAAUGCGGAUCACAGCUACUACACCGAAUCGUUCAUCCAGCAGUACUUCCCGAGGAUGAUGACGAAGGUGACGGAAUUAAUGGGGGCAACUAUGAGAAGGAGUCAGUCACGACCCGGUUCGUCCUCCAGACAAGUGAACACAUUGCCACCGUCACAGAAUCCGACCAACCCUUAUGCACUAUUCGGGGGAUCGCCUCAACCGGGUCAAUCGGCGAUAUCCGAUCCCUCCACAAUUGGCUCGUUCCAGCCAACACCGCCGCCGCCGCCUCCUCCUUAUGAACGCUAGAGACUCCAUAAUCGGCACGGCGGCGCGGUACCUGAACCACCGGUACGUGAACAAGCGCACUUGAUUGAGAGAUUGACGAACGCGCGUUUCAACGCCUACAUGAACGCGGAAAUCCUUCCAACGGACUUAUCGGACUUAAUGGGCUAGAGGCAGCAAUGCUUCUCGCCUGUCAAAAUCUCGGCGCCGCAUGUCAUCAGGGAAGGAAGUCCUAUUUUACCGUCGAUUUUUCUUUCUUUUCUUCCCAAGGCGUUGGGGUUUAGCAUCAGGCACAACAGACUUUGCAUUACACGGUCGUCACGGUUCCCACGGGACAGUUUUCCACGCUUUUUCUUUUCUCACUCGCUGUAUAGUACGUCAGUCAGGAUUGCUAUAGAGACCGUGGCAUACGUAUAAUGGGUGUGCAAUACGAAUAUGCAAGAUUCAUGAAUUAAUAAGGACUUAAGCUUUACUGCG